AUGCUCAGAGUUCUGCUAGAAUUUGCAGUCCUGUGGCAUUUGUCGGUCGCAAGACGAAACGACGUAUUUCCUUACUUGAACUGUGAUGGGCACAAGUCCUGGAGCGACUUUCGCGAAGCUUUGCUGGAACGAAGGUUCAAAUCUGCGGAUGGCUCGGGCCUCCUUGACUUCUCAGGGCCAGACACCCGGCAGAGCCUUGCGGAGCUCGGGGCCUUGGCAGAUACCCUCUUGGUGGAGCACUUUGCCUCGCUGGACAUCGGGAACUUCGUGGCCGUCUUGGCUGAGCCCGGCCUGACCCAGAGCCGGCGGCGUGCGCAAGACUGCGUCUACGGGGUGGUGGCGGCCCUCUACAUCCGAGGGCAGGAGCUGCUGGCCCAAGGUGAGGCCGAGGCGGCCGCAGCCGACUGGGAGAUGGCCCUGCAGUUUCUGGGCAAGGAGCUGGGGCUGGACUUCAUGGAGUCCACGGACUGGCCCCGGUCCGCCAACAUCUUGCUGUCCUUGGCCAAGUUGCAGGGAUCGCCCGUCGCCAAAGCCACCGAGGGAAAGAGCUACCCCUCGUUGGAGCAGUCGUCGAUGAGGCUUCAGGAGCGGAAGCCCGAAGUGGUUGUUUAUGGCUAUCACCCGGUGCUGAUUGAGCCUUUUUCGGCCCUCUGGUCCCUGGAGGCCCUGCGCCUGCAUUGGUUCGGAGUCAGUGAUCGAGACUGUGCUUUCUUCACGCUUUGCCACAAGAGGGACCCGCGGAAGCCCGUGCCCGCCAAGUUGAGAUACAAGACCUACAUGUCCGAGGCUGACGUGGCCGAAGUGGAAGAGGCCUACAGGGACUUCUGGGAUGCUGAGACAAGAUCAGGUUUGCAGGCUGACCUGCUGAUAUGUAUGGAGCUGCGCGACGCGUAUUUCUUGUGGAAGGUGGCUCGGUCUCUGCAGCAGUCUGUGGCGACCAUCUACUAUCCGGGCAUCAUCUUCAUGCAGGACGAGGCUAUGAGUGACUAUGCGUCCCAGGUGCUGCUGAAGCAAUUUCAUGAGCUCAUCAGUCACGAUGUCUUACGACUUGGAGGCCUGCAGCACGCAACUGGUACAGUUGCUCUGGUCGCCCAAUCACCUUACCUUGCCACCAGUAUCCAGUACCACACAGGCCGGCAGGUUCCCUGUGUGCGGCCUUUGGCAAGUUACGUGGGUGUCCAAUACCGUCCCAACAGCUCCACCGUGCUGGUGCUUUGUGCCAGGACGCGGCUUAUGAUGUCCCACAGCUGCCGUGGCCUCUUCCGUGAGGCACAGCAUCGAAUGAAAAGUCUGGCGCGCCGAUGGCAGAUGCGCUUGCCAGCUGGCGACCGCGACGUGGUGCAUGGCUACUUGUUUGAAGAGGUUGCUAGGUUCCGUGCAACUGUGCUGAUUCCCUGGAACAUUGCCGUGACCACGUUCCACGAGCUCUACGCUAUGAACAUGCCGUUGUUUGUUCCAGACAGCUUGUGGCUAGCAAGGCUUUGGCCAAAGCAGAUGACCAGCUACGGCCGGAGCCACCCCAACUUGCAUCAGCAGCUCCAUCUGCCAGAUUCGGGUCAUCCAAGUGGUCCAACUCCAUACCCGUCGUUGGAUCACAUGGCCCGAGAUUUUCCAACAAUGCUCUACUGGGCUCAGAGUUAUGCCUUUAUUGAGAUGCCCGGGGUUCAGGUUUUUGCCUCGAUCCCACAGCUGAUCUGGUCGCUGAGCACCGGUGCCUACGACUUGGAGAAGAUGUCACAGGAGAUGAAGCAGGAGACGGCCUUGGCAACACGCGAGGUGGUACCAUUCUGGGCUGCGCUGAUGGAAGAGCUGACCGAUGUGGCGAGGAAAGCGAAGAGACCCAAGGUCGGUGCGGGGAUACAUAGUAACUUUCGGGUUAAGGGUUUAGGGUUUAGGGCUGAGGGCUUAGGGUUUAGGGUUUAG